UAACGAUAUAACCGAACCAAAGGGUGGUUGGUUGAAGCAGAGAUAAGCGUGAAGUGAUAAGCAAAACAUGUCUCUCUGUGCUUCAUUCUCCACCACAACUUCACGCCUCACUUCCCUUCCUUCUUCACUCUCUUCAAGUUCUCCGCUUUCUCUCAGAUUUUCCUUCACUUUCCGGGAAAACAGAAUCCCAGUUAAAUCUCUGAAGGACCCAUUUGCAGCAAGAUCUGGAAGAGUAUUGGUAAAGGCUCAGGCUACUGCUCCUGCUUCUUCUGAGGCUGUGAAACUCACACCUGUGCCUUCUGAGAUGAAGGCAUGGGUGUAUGGGGAAUAUGGGGGUGUGGAUGUUUUGAAGCUGGACUCCAAUGUUGCUGUGCCUGAUGUGAAAGAGGAUCAGGUCCUUGUCAAAGUUGCUGCUGCUGCUCUUAAUCCUGUUGAUGGCAAGAGAAGGCAGGGAAAGUUUAAGGCCACCGAUUCUCCUCUUCCGACUGUUCCGGGCUAUGAUGUUGCGGGAGUGGUGGUGAAGGUUGGUAGCGAAGUGAAGGACUUUAAAGUGGGUGAUGAAGUGUAUGGAAAUGUAAAUGAGAAAGCUUUAGAAGGGCCAAAGCAAUUCGGGUCUUUGGCAGAGUACACCGCUGUUGAAGAGAAACUAUUGGCAGCAAAACCUAAGAACAUUGACUUUGCUCAGGCUGCUGCUCUUCCUCUAGCAAUUGAAACUGCUUAUGAGGGUUUGGAGAGGACUGGAUUUUCUCCUGGUAAAUCUAUUCUUGUUCUAAAUGGUUCUGGAGGAGUUGGAAGCCUAGUCAUUCAGCUAGCCAAGCAAGUCUUUGGAGCUUCGAGAGUGGCUGCCACUUCAAGCACUAGAAAUUUGGACCUAUUGAAAAGCUUGGGAGCUGAUUUGGCUAUUGACUAUACAAAAGAAAACUUUGAAGAUUUGUCAGAAAAAUUUGAUGUGGUCUUUGAUGCCAUUGGGCAAUGUGAGAGGGCAGUGAAGGCUGUGAAAGAAGGUGGCAGUGUGGUGGCACUGACAGGAGGUGUUACUCCACCUGGUUUCAGAUUUGUGGUAACUUCGAAUGGAGGUGUUCUUAGGAAACUAAACCCUUACUUAGAAAGUGGAAAGGUGAAGGCAAUUGUAGACCCCAAAGGUCCAUUCUCCUUUCCUCAGCUUGCUGAAGCUUUCUCUUAUCUAGAAACGAAUCGAGCCACUGGAAAGGUUGUUAUACACCCCAUCCCCUGAAUCAGAUAAAAGGGAUAGACAAUUUUGCUAUGUCUAGUAACUUCA